AUGUGGUGCCUCCUUGUGCUGCUCUGUGCCCACGGAAUCACCUUUUCAGCAGGAUUCACCACUCCCAAUUCAGACAGCAGGCUGCACAAGAAGAGUCGCAACCCCGAAUGCUUUAUGAAUGUCAGUGAAAUUAUCAGAUACCACGGAUACCCCAGCGAGGAAUAUGAAGUUACCACAAAGGAUGGAUACAUUCUUGCUGUUUUCAGAAUUCCUGCUGGGAGGAACAGCCGAAAUACAGGUCAAAAGCCUGUAGUGUUCCUACAGCAUGCUUUGCUGGCAGAUGCUACCCACUGGAUUUCUAACCUGCCCAACAAUAGCCUGGGCUUCCUCCUCGCAGAUGCUGGCUACGAUGUCUGGAUGGGAAACAGCCGAGGGAACACUUGGUCUUUAAAACACAAGAUAUUUAGUCCCAGCCAGAAAGAGUUCUGGCAGUUCAGCUUUGAUGAGAUGGGCAAAUACGAUAUUCCAGCUGAGCUGUACUUCAUCAUGAAUAAAACUGGACAGAAGGAUGUGUACUAUGUUGGUCACUCCGAAGGCUCGACAGCAGGCUUCAUAGCAUUUUCUACUUACCCUGAGCUGGCUCAGAGGGUGAAAAUGUUCUCUGCUCUGGGCCCAGCAACCACAUGUUCGUAUGCUACGAGCAUUCUCAUUAAGAUAACAAGUCUUCCUGAUCCAAUGCUCAGGUUCGUAUUUGGCUGCAAAGGAAUGGCACACCAGAUUGGAUUUCUGAAAGGACCCGUGACACAGUUAUGUGCAAGCCUGGAUAAGUUGUGUGGCCACAUACUCUGCUACAUAGCUGGGGGCGACAUAAAAAACCUGAACACCUCCUCUCCUCCUGUGUACCCCAUCGAGAAGAUAAGCACACCCACUGCUGUUUGGAGCGGUGGGCAGGACAAAUUUGCAGACCCCAAAGACAUGGCGAAGCUGCUUCCUCGGAUUUCUAACCUCAUUUACCACGAGCAUUUUCCUUCUUGGGGGCACCUUGAUUUCAUCUGGGGCCUUGAUGCGACUGAGAAAAUGUAUCUGAAGAUCAUUGAACUAAUGGCAAAAUACUUUUGAAACCACACGUGGAGUAUUGAUUCACCCAAUUAAAACCUCCAAAAUUUGUAUUUGGCAAUAAGGGUGAUGUCUGGGGAAGAGGUAAGCGCACAGACACACAUAAUGGAUACCAUUUGGGUAUUUAUCUGCACUUUUUUGUUUCUUGCUUUCCUCAUGUUUUGAGGUUUUCCAUGGUGUUACUGUGACUGCUGCCUUCCUGAGAAGUUUGAGGUGUAUAGGAAUGAAAGCUGAAAAUGUGAAUGUAUUUGAGCACACACUGCAGGGAUCCCUUAAUUUGGACAGCUUUUAUUUCUACAAAACUGAUUUUCCUAAGCCUGAACUCUGUUCUUCUCAUGUAUAUCUUGCGUAUCCCACAGAGAUAUUCCCAUGCCCAAUUUGUGUCUUCCCAUGAAGAACCAAAAGUGAGAUUUACUCAUUUCUCUGUUGAAGUACAAUUGCCCUUUGUUUAAAUUAAAUCUUUUAUCUACUUGACAGAGAA